UGAUUCUGUCGGAACAAUCUGCGGCAGCUGUGGCUAGCCAGGCUAGGAUUGCCUUCACGCAUGGGGGCCUACACAUGCUCGGUACAUACCAGUAUCGCGAUAUCAGAGAGCGUAAGAUACAAAUGGCCCCUUUGACUGUAUAAAAGCAAUACACCUUGAACCAGAGACUACAAGCUUCCGCUGCAUCGUGCUUCUCAAUCUGCGACUCAUGGCUAGUCCAACCGUUUCCAAAACGCCUUCUGUGUCCAAACCCCAACCACUACGCCAAGAUGCCGAUACCGAGUCGUCCACAGGCGCAGCUAGUACAAUUGACAUAGAACACGUUCCAGUUAACGACGACCCCCGUCAGUGGAGCCCUGCUAGAAAAACCACGACUUUGUGCAUUGUGUCACUGGCUACAAUGAUGUCUGCAUUAGCUUCUAACAUCCAAAAUCCCUCGAACUCGUUGAUAGAGGUAGAUCUGCAUGCAACAAGCAGCCAGAUUAGCUGGACGUUGGCGGCAUUCCUAAUCAUACAGGGGAACUUUCCUCUAUUAUGGAGCGCCGCAAGCGAAAUUAAAGGCCGUAAGCCUGUCUAUUUGGUGGCUUCGGCUUUAUUUGUGGUAGGAAGUGCUGCGUUGGCACUUUCCAAGACCAUCGAGGUGAUGAUCGGCAUGCGAGCACUUCAAGCUGCGGGGUCAUGCGCUGCCAUGUCUAUUUCAGCUGCGACACUGGCUGAUGUCUACGACACUCACGAGCGAGGGACCACGAUGGGUAUCUUCUUUGCUGCACCUCUCUUAGGACCCGCCCUGGGCCCUAUACUCGGGGGGUCGUUGUCACAAGCCUUCGACUGGCGUGCAAGUUUCUACUUCAUGCUUAUCUGUGCAGCAGUCGUAUUCUUGUCUUUCCUCGUCCUGUUCAAGGAUACAUACCGACGUGAACGGAGCCUCACCUAUUGCUCCGCUUUACAGCGACUUCUUACCUCCAAAGAACGCGUUCGGAGUCCAAACGAAUCUAUCAUCGUUGGGCAUGAGUCCAACAAUGACCAAACACCUGUCAUGGAUGUCGAGAAGCAGCUCCAACCGCUGGAUGUUCCAGACCAUAUUUCAACGGUGACUUCUACACCAGGACUGGACGAUGUCAAACUAUCACUCAGGGACAUCAACCCAUUUCCACCAUGCUUUCGAAUUCUGUCGCGCAAGAACAACGUUUUAAUUCUUAUCGCUAAUGGACUCAUCUUCGGAUUUACGUAUUGUCUUUCAUACACGUGCUCUCGCACUCUCGCCAAUGCAUAUGAUUAUAGCGCGUUUAGCAUUGGCUUGGUCUUGCUUUGCUUGGGCGUAGGAAGUAUCGCUGGGAGUGUACUUAGUGGGCGUUGGUCUGAUCGGGUGCUUGCAAAGAUGAUCGAAGCGAACGGAGGAAAGUGGCACGCAGAAAUGCGGUUAGAGAGCUCGAAACUGGCGAUGCUGUGGCUACCUCCAUUUGUCGUCGGAUAUGCUUGGGUGUGCGAAAAGCAUGUGCAUGUCGCCGUCAUUUGCGUCAUGCUCCUACUUAUUGGAUUCUCCUCCAUAUGGAUGUAUACCAGUACAUUGGCAUACCUCGUUGAUGCCAACCCUGGUCGCUCAUGUUCAGCGGUGGCGACCAACAGCUCGGUCCGAGGAUCCCUGGCUUUCGUUUCGGUUUUAAUUGCUGUGCCGCUCCAAGAUGUUUUAGGAGAUGGGGGAUUAUAUUCGGCAUGGGCUGGCGUCAUGGUUGUGAUGGAAUUACUGGUUAUAUUGGUACUGCAAAAGGGAGAAUCAUGGCGCAAGGAAAGUGAGGAGCGUGAAUUGAAUACUAAAUGAAUUAUGAAUCGACAUCUUCUACCGCACUCAUA